GUAAUAUAUAAUUUCCUCAACAUCUUGGUAUCAUGAUCAACUGGAUGUACUUUGAGGGAAAUAUACCAUUGUGAGCUUUUGCUGACUGCUGCUACCAGCCUUUGAAAAUUUGAUCGGGAGUUCAAUUAGCAUUUGAGUGGCUCCCGCUGAAUCUGCAAUUUUCACUUUUCGAGGAUUCAAUCACCUACAAUCGCGUACAUGAGCAUUCAACAAUCAUUAUUGGAGAAUGCGCUAAAUCGAGCCACGAAAGAGGCUGCAAAGUUGAGGAUUGACGACCUGCCGAGACCUAUUGACCAUGCUGAAAAACAUCGCCACGAAAACCUUGUGGAAUUGAUCAGCCAGAAGCGAUUACAGCUUCAACAGCUCCAAAAACGCGCACAAGAGCAAAAGAUAAAUCGAAAAGUUGCGGAUAAUCGCCAGCUUGAUUUUGAUUACAAGCGAUUACUAUUGGUUCAAAGGCAAAAGCAAAUGCUUCAGAAAGAAAUCGAUAUACAAAGAUUAGCGACGGAUAGCCGAGACAAUGUCGAUAGAGAUGAAGCUCUACAUGAACUGGUGGCGAAGAGACAUUUGAUUGGUACGACAGAGGAACUCGAAAAAGCAUACACAUACUUACAGCAAGAGCUAUCGCAAACAAAGGAAAACCUUACAAGACAACAGCAAAUUUUGCAAGAACAUCAGGAAGUUCGCGAUGCACUUACGAAAAAGCUCAUCGAAGUCGAGACUUCCAGAGAUUCAACGGAAUCGCCUGCCAGCAAACUUAGAGAAGAAUAUCAUGAGGUCAACGACAGGUACAUGAGAAUUAUGAAUGAUCUGCACGAUUUCCUAGACGAAACAUAUCCUCCAAAAUCUGUUAGGAUAUCGUCGAGGAGCGCUGUUGGGACGUCUGAAUUAAUGGAUGUGGAAUUCUCAUUGAAGGAUCUCCUUAUUGAAUUAAUGAAUGCUUCGUAUAAUACGCCUGGAGCAUAUUUGCGAUUGGAAGAAGGGACAUAUUGGCCACCAUACAUAGAAACUCUUAUCAAGGCAAGAAUUGUAGUUCGACAUCCGAAUGACGCUACCAAACUGAAGCUUGAAGACUACCGACUUUAGUUAUAUAAUUGGCACUUUUAAAUCAUCAUACUGUAAUAAAGCAACUAGCAUAAUAGUAACAAUAAUGACAUCUCGAG